AUGGUAAUAAGAGCUUGGAACUUUUGGAAUUGACUCAAAUUUUUUCAGGGUCGAUUCUUGUGUAGUAACGCGGUCCACGCUAAAAAAGAGCAAAAAAGAUCGCGAAAUUUGAAGAAAACGUUUGAAGAGGUAUUUCAUUCCAUUUUUUGGUAUAAGGUAGUUUUACUGUUUCUCAUACUGAUUUUGAAAGAGAAAAAAACUUGAUUUUCAAUGAGAAAAACAACCGCAGAUGGAGUUUCUCAUAAACAAAUUUUCUUCAUGAAAACUUUGUAACAAGUAUAUUUUAGUACUUUUUUCAGCAGCAUCGAUUAUUUUUCGUAUUCUGAACAGAAAAUAUGGAUAUUAAAAAGGAAGUUGAAAAGUUCGAUUUUUAAGGGAAAGGUCAAGGAGGCCGAACAGCAGGUUCAAGACGAAGCAGGAGGAACUCAAGUUGAAAAUUCUCAAGAAACGGUAAUCUCGGUUAAUUUAUAAGUUGUGAGCAUAAGAAAUUCUAGCCAGUAUUUUCAAAUUCCCGUGCUGAUGCCAAUGACAACUUUGCUCAAAGAAAUGUUGGAUCGGCCGAUAAUCAUACGGUAAGUUGGAAGUGUGCUUACACCGAAUAAAAUAACCGAAAAUUGUUUGAAUUGAAAAACAGGAAUCCAAAGUAAACCGCGAAUUGAACCUUCAAAAAUAAGGAAAUUUUCUAAACAAUUAUACAGGGAAGUCUGAAAAAUCGAAAAAAAAAUUGACCGGUUUUCGGAGAAAAAAGACCGCAUUUUUCCUACUCUAACAAAAAAGAGGGUGACCCUGGACGGAGUGCACUCCGGGGGCAACCGGGUGGAAUCGAAAAGUUUUUUUUGAGAUACCGUAACAGCCGAGUAUGAAACUGUAGAAAGUGGUAUUGGGAAAUAAGCCAUUUCGAAAUCGUGUACAGAACGAGUACCUUAAUAGGCAUUUGAAGCUAGACGGGGUGCACCGAGGGUUCGACGCGGGAUGACCUUUUUUAGAGUGAUUUUUUUUCAAACCGUAAUUCAAAAAAAUGAUUUGAAGGAAAACUUUUACUUAUCAGAUAUCUGUUUAAAAAAAGGUUCAUUUUUUCAGCCGAGGUCCUCAAGUUAUCCUUUUCCGCCAUGGGUACCAGAUUUUCGCGUCCCGCCGCCACCUAUGAACGUCUUCUUCACGCCUGAUCGCAAUUUUGGUCAACUGGUACUUUUUGGUUUGAUUAUGACCGGGUUUUACGCCCCGCCCACUUUUCUUCGUAAAGUGUCGUGUCUGGUGUGCAUGCACUGCGACGCUUUCGCGCAGAAAAGUUGCGUUAUGUAGACGGAAUUUGAUUCGUCUCAAAAACCUCUGACAAUACGACGGCCUGCGCCUUUAAUAUACCCUGUUGUUUAUACUCUUAAAGCCGGAAAUUCUACCGUUCCCAUGACGUCAUGCGGGCACGUCGAAGAUUUCGGCUCCGCCCACUGUGUUUUUGGUUUCGCAUUUUCUUCCACUAACAAAACGCCGUUUUUUCAUCCAAAAUUACUCACUCAAUUCAUUUUUUGUAUGAAGUGCUAGUGAAUCAAAUUUUUGCUAAUAUUUUUUUUUUCAAAUAGAUAAAAUAGAAUUUCAAUUUUCAGCCACAAGCCUCGAGUUUUCCUUUUCCGCCGAGGAAUUCUUGGAAUGCUCAGAACGAUUUUGUCCAAAUUGUCUACCAGCCAGGGAAUCCAUUCUCCAUCCAGCCGAAUACUCCAGAAAUUUCCCUAAACAAUCCAGUUCAAAUGGUACUUUUCACGGCUUUUCCUCAACCAAAAUUCGGUCUCUCUAAGUUUUUCUGCACAAAACUUGUGAUUUUUUGCUCACUUGAUUCAUUUUUUUGGGUUAAAUGUAAUUUCAAUUUUAAGGGAAUGUCCCCGAACUAUCCUUUUCCGCCGAGGGAUUUUCGAAAUCCUCCACAAGGUGCAGCUCUAAUGGUAUUUUUAUAUCAAAUUUUAUUGAGUUGGGGUUUUCUCUUGAAAAAUAUACUUAAAAAAUGUGUUUCUUUAUGUUUUUCUGCGAAAAUUCCUGCUUUUUGCGUACUCAAUUCACUUUUUUUCUAUUGGUACUGUUUUUUUUUUCAUUUUUAUUCACUUUUUUUGGUGGGAAUCACUGACAAAAUUGUAUCUUUUAAAAAUUAGUCUGGAUUUUUUUCAAACCUCAAUCUCAGCCAAGGAUUUCUGAUUUUUCGGAAUCCUCUGAAUGAUGCCGCCCAAAUGGUGUUCUUAUAUUGAUUAUUAUGAGGUUACUGUUUUUCCUCAACUAAAACUACCCUGAAAAUUAAAUUCUGCAUUUUUACAUGCAUCUGGAAAGUUUUUAAAAGUGUUUUUUAGCGUUUGAAAUUAGAAUUUUUUCUCCUUUUUCUCCUAGACUGUUUUGGAAAAAAAAAACCGAUAACUUUAAUUUUUCUCGAAAAAUAUUAAUUUUUGAAAGAGGAUGAAAGUUUUAGGAUCAAAUUUUGAGCUACAGUAAUCCAUAAAAUUACGGUAGAAAGCUCGAAAGCUCACACUUCGGUGCUAUGAGCGAUUUUUUCUUUUCCGAGUAGUACUGUAUGUGAAAGUCUGUAUUUGGCGUGUGCGCGUGUUCGCACAUUUUCAGCGAUCCCAUAUCCGUUUUUUUUUUUCCUUUUUUGCUUUAAUUUCAUCGGGAUGAAUCACACCUGCAGAUAAAAUCGAAUUGCAUUGAUUAUCUGUGCAAACACGCAAAGUUUACACGGCAAAUGCGGACAAAUGCCAAAUGCACAUACAGUAAUCCUUGCGAAAGUAAAACUUGCUCUUGAUUGAUUGUUCUUUCGAGUGAACUAUUGGAUCUUCAAAAAAAAAAAUUGAUGUUUAAAAAAGAUCAAUUUUCCAGACAAACCUUGGAUUUGAGAGAAGUGGAGCAGGCCACGAUUGGCAGCUUGGAUUUGAGAGAAGGGGAGCAGGCCACGAUUGUCCGCGGAAAUCUGACGAAACGGUUUUUUUUUUUGUUGAUUUUAGGGGAUACGGUAGCUGCAGAUUUUUACAACUACUACGAAAAUUAGUUUUUUCGCAUCAUUUUCGAAUUUUUCUAUCCCCACUAUCAUUAGGUCUAGUCUAAUUUUUAAAAAAAGGAACGAUAAUUUUUUUCUAUUUUUGAAAAAAAUGUUGAGUUGUUUGUGAGAGGGUGAUUAUUGUAGGAUCAAUCUUUGAGUUACGGUAGUCCAAAAUAUUACGGUACAAAGCUCGAAAAUUCAUAUCUCGAUCCAUUUUCCUUUUAUCAAUGAUCUAUUGAAAUUCAACAAAAAAAUGAUGGAAUCAUGAAUUUUUGAAAAAAGUCAUUUUUCAGAAAAAAACCGGAAACUGAGCGAGCAGGCAAGGGGGAACCUGAUGAAACGGUUUUUUUAAUCAAAAAAAUUUUAAAUGGAAUAAAUGAAAAUUUCAGCCGAACUCUUGGAAUUUUCAAUGUCAGCCGGCAACUUCGGAUACUGACGACUGGGUAUUUUUUCAAUCGAUAAAUAUUUUCAAACUGAAUCUGUCAAAUUUUCAGCUGAUCAAAUUCGAUUCUCCUCCUCCGCCAACGACGUCUGAAAUUGCCGCCCGAAAUUCGACCCAAAUGGUGAAUUUUCUGGUGAUCUGUAGCCUUUCCUUAACCAAAAAUACUCGAAAAAUUUAUUUCUCAUCUUUUUUUUUCUUUAAUUUUUCCUGUAAGCGAAGAGUUCGAAGAAAAAAAUCUUCUUGGAAUUUAUGAUUUUUUUCUUACAAAUACAAAAUUUCAGCCAGAAGCCUCAAAAAGUCAAUGGAAGUGUCGUCAAGUCUCCUUUAGGAUUUGGAAUCAGAGGAAAGGUAACUUUAUUAAAAAAAUCAAUGAUAAGGUAGUGUUAGUUGAUCACAAUUCUAUUUUUGUUAACCCCAUCCAAUAAGGACCAAUUUUUGUGCAUAUCUGAGCUCUUCUGAUUAUAGAAAAUUGAAAGAAACGAAUGAAAAAGCGAAAAUCCGAAAAAUGGCGAAGCCUGUUGUCCUUAGAGCGAAUUUACUGCAAAACGCCCUUUUUGGCGGGAACUCAAACUUUCCUCUCUCCGACUUUGAAUUAUUUUAUCUCUAAAACUAGGAAGUUUGGUACAUUUCCAAGUUCACCGUUCGAUUCGCAAUGAAAAGCUCUACAAAGUACUGCUUUGAACUGAAACACCUUUUUUUACUGCCACUAUGCCUUUAAGAACAUAGUUCAAUAAUUUUUGGUCACUUCGAGCGCAAGUCAGUUUUUGUCGGGCGCGCUUUAAAGCAGGCGCUACGAGUCGGAGCUGACUUUAUGAAUAAGAACAAUGUUUUCCAGACAAGAACCUUCAAAUACCCUGAAUACCAGGAGGAGCAGAGGCGCGAGCAAGAACUUGAAAGGGUUUUUUAUUUUCUUUUUGAAUUUAUUUGCAAUUAACUUUUCUAGGAAGCUUCUUCGGGUUCGUCCACGGAGAAUGAAGUGGAAGAAGACUCCGAAAAUGUUCGUUUUUUAUUGAUUUUUUUAAAAAGGAUAAGUGGCUGUUUUUUGCAGUUAUUUCGAUCUGAUAGAGAAAGCUCUGAGUUUUAUAGUUCAAUAUUGUCAGAGUCCGAAAACUACUCAAGUGACCACUCAAAAAAAGCCCCGACUUCUCUAUUUUAUUCGAAAUGGUCCUUAGGAACUUCAGAAUGGACUCUAUAGGAGCGACCUUAGAAGCCGUUGGAGGAAUCGGCAAGCUUGAGUGGCCCCUAUAGGGGUUGGUAAAAUGGUCCCUAGAGAGCACAUGCUAAAUAAUUAUCGUUAUGAACUAUAUGAGAAGAAGCAUUUCUAUGCGAAAAUUCACUUUUUACUUUUCAAAUCUGAACAAAAAGUUCAAAGACCCUUAUCGGGACCCCUUGAUCUUUAGGGGCUAAGCGGUCAGGUGGUAAACCCCUUAAGGGACCGUUUGGCCACUAUACUGUUUUUUCCUAACCCCUAUAGGGACCAUUCUAGAAUAUCUAUGUCUGAAAGGGAAACAACUUCUUGUCUCGUCACGAGCAAAUAAUCUAUUUCUCUGCGCUCUCUAGUUUCUCAGCAUGUUUCUUUCUCUAUGACUUCAUUUGUAAGAAAAAAGAGAGCGCAGACAGGUCAGACUGUUUUAAGUUGUGGUUAAUGGGAUUGAGUACCAAACUUUCAGCGUUCAUUCAAAGAAAAACAACCAGGAUACCAAUUUGCAUUUUCAGGAGGCCGCUCCGCCGAGCCGGGCUCCAGAAAACAUUGAGCGGUCAGGAGUUAUGAAAGAACUUGUGUGGAGGGUAAUUUAUUUUUUGAGUUACGCUAUCUCUAGAUUUUCAAAUUCUUUCCGAUUAUUUGAAUGGAAAAAAGAACUAACUUGGUCGCAUUUGGAAUGGCUCAACACAUUUUUUGUUUGCUGUGAAAUGACCAGGAGCGUUUUGGAACGGCCGCUUGUCAGCCGUUGCGCGUUGAGCCAUUCCGAUUGCGAUUCGAAAUGGUGUGUUCAGAUCAAUGCGAUGGAACAGGGUAAUCGCCGUGCGCUGGAGCGGCUUUCGAAGCCCUGCCGCCAGUUGGAGGAGCUCCUCGAGGCCGGACGGAAUGAUAAGAAGUUGGCCAAGGAAACUCUGAAUUUCGAACUCAACACGCUCCGGAAACGUUUCGAAAACAAGGAGAAAGACAUCAAGAAAAUGACAUUUUUCUUCGCCUCCCCGAGAGAAUUCCAGAACUCGUUGAGAAUACUCAGAAAUGAAAGGAAGGCCGCAGAAGAGAAGAUCACGAAUCUCUACAACAAGAAACUUUCGGACUGGACAUCUCUGGAUAAAAUACGGAGAAAUCACGAGUUCCGGACGGAGCUUCUUUUGAGGCGUUUGCGAGUUGAAAGAACGCAGAUUCGUCGUUUUUCGAGAAAGAUAGUGGGAAUGAAAAAUGAGGUCGGUUUGACUAGUUUUCUGGAAAAUAAGGGGUUUCUCAACCUCAGUGGAUUGAGAGUCACUAGUAGCCUCUUCAAUCGCUCAAAGCGUUGCGGUCGCGUCGCGGCUCAGAGUAGAAGUUUACAGCUUCCAACGACUGUUGUAUAUUAGUUUACGCUAGUUGAAAACUUCUUCGAAACCGUAAAACUUUGACUCAUUCCCCAUGCGACCCAAAUUUCUUUGACGAGGCGUUCCCAUUGUACAUCUGAAACUAUGGGCGUGAAAAAAGGGGAUUUGACUGAAGAAUUAAUUUAAUGUCGAGUUUCUUGUCUAAUUUUAAGAAUUCAAUAUUCAAGGAAAUAAACCUGCCUAGGAACUCCAGAGUGGUACCUAUAGGGGCACCCUUAGGAGCCCUUAAAGGGUCUCCUCUAGGUACCACUUUACUAACCCUUUAGAGGCCAAUAAAACUUGCAAGUGGUCCCUAUAGUGGACAUGCUAGUCGAUAAUUUUUAUGAACUCUAAGCGAGAAGCAUUUCCAUGGGGAAAACUGAACGAAUAAGCGUUUUUUGAAUGAAAUUGGAAGACCCCUAUAAGGACCACUCUGGAAUUCCUAAGUGAGAGAAUUUUAAGUUGCGCUCCAUUGACAAUUCGCGAAGCGCUCCCUGCCGAAUUUGAAAAAGUCAUUCUAAAAGUACAUAAGACUGUGAAAGUCGACGUACAACAAGGAUUGUGAAUGGUUUGAGAAAAUGAAAGAAUGAGGACGAAAAAAGUGAUCAAUUUAACGGCAAUUUUUCCAGAGUGAAGCUCUCGGGCCGGCCACGGAAAUGUUCGAGUUCUGGCAAAAAGAACGAAAUGGGAUCGAAGAAGACGACGAACGCAAGGAGCCGAACCGACUCUUGGAAAAAAAGAGUUCUUUAAAGACUCUUCAAAUAUAUAAUGAAGAAGUGGAAGCCGCUUUCGAAGAAUUGAAGCGCAAGUCUAAGUCCCGAUGGAACGUGCUGGAUUAUUUCAACCAGCAUGAGAAAUAUCUCUCUGAUUUCUUGGUGAAAUUUGUGGGAGUGAAGGGGCCGGUCCAUGAGUCCAGCGUCGGAAUCGAGCAACAGGUUUUUUUUUAUUAUUUGGUCAUUUUCUCUGUAUUGAACGUCGCAUAAUUGAAAUUUGAUACUUGUUACAUCUUCCUAACUUUUUUCUAUGCGAAAGUCGUUUCAGGUCGGGCGUAAGACUUCUUAUGUCGACCCAAAUGCUAUUUUAUUCAAAGUUAGACUGAAAUUAUAAAAAAAUUUUUGAUUUUUUUAACACGAAAAGGGGAAAAAAAUAGACAAAAAUUAGCCGAAGUUUGGAAAAUACAGUUUCCAAAAAGUUUAAAAAAAGGAAAAAAAAUAAUUUCAGGAUUCCGAGACCUCUGGAGAUGUCGAAGAUCCACACAACUAA